AGGAACGACCUAGGCGUGAAACAGCGGAGAACGCCCGGAGAGAAGCGGAGGCAGUAUAGGACGAAGAACAACGGACGUGUGAGAAGGCGGUGUAAGUCUAGAAAACGGUCACAGAGAAGACGCGCCCGACUAUUCUUCUCAAGUUCUUCAAUACAUGCCACAGCAAUCUCCACGCCGACCCCCUGUCUGGACCAACUUAACACUGUCGACACGAGGCAAUCCCAGCACUGCGAACAACAAGUUUCCACUAGAAAGGUUAGCCCUAUGGGCAGACUUCCUAACACAGCAGCUGACUGA